AUGCUCUCAUUGGUGCGACGCCGGUUUCUGGAUGGACUAGACAGGAGGUAUAUCUAUGGUCGUGUGCCCUUACUUCACGCUAUAAUCUUUCUGAUUGAGAUGGUGAUCGCCGCGCGGCUGGCGGCCAAGUUCAACUCCUACUAUGCGGAGAGGCCGGUGUUGACUACUAUGGUCACCAACGCUGUGCUUGGUGGAGUCGCAGAUACCGUUGCACAGUUGAUCUCGGGCUACAGAACCCAAGUACCAAACAGAGCAGAAACGGACAGCGAUUUGAUUUCGAUCGAGAUUCAUGAGCUCGACAAGAAAAAACCACCUGCUGUGGGAGAGUUGGACUUUGCGAGCAAUCGGCCACCACCAUUUGACUUUGAGCGGCUUACCCGCUUCAUGUCCUAUGGUUUCUUCAUGGCGCCCGUCCAGUUCCAGUGGUUUGGAUUCUUAUCGCGAACAUUUCCGCUCACCAAGAAGAAUCCGACUAUCCCGGCUCUGAAACGGGUUGCGGCGGACCAGUUUCUAUUUGCGCCGUUUGGUUUGGUGUGUUUCUUUUCUUUCAUGACCAUCACGGAAGGUGGUGGUCGACGGGCCCUGGCUCGCAAAUUCCAGGACGUAUACAUCCCAACCCUGAAGGCCAACUUUCUCAUUUGGCCUGCAGUUCAGGUUCUGAACUUCCGAGUUGUCCCUAUUCAAUUCCAGAUUCCCUUUGUGUCCAUGAUUGGUAUUGCCUGGACAGCAUACCUUUCUUUGACCAACUCUGCUGAAGAGGAGUAG